AUGAAGAAACUCAAGUUCUGGUCAAGAAAGAAGAAGAAAAAGAGAGCUCCUCUUCUUGAACAACCACCAUCACCGCCACCACCAUUGCUCUCCUGCUAUUAUCAAUGCCCUUAUAAUUACCCAAUUCAGCCGUCAGCACCGCCCUUGCCGCCUUGGUUCGAGUACGAGCAGCAGCAAUUACAUGACUCCAUUUUCACAACAGAGCAAGGUUCAACUUCGACAUCAGCAAAUCUAAACCAAACUCAUGGCACUAAUUCUCAGCACUCCAAUAAUGUUAGUGAGAUCAAUCAACCAAAGGCAACACCGUCGGAUAAUAUUAGUACUAGUACUUUGCCUCAACAGUAUAUGGUUCCGAAUCAAGUGUAUGGUGUACCUGUGACAACAGAAGCAAGAACAGAGAGAGCUGGUGGAGCUUUUGGGUGUGUGAUCAAUUUAUUCAGGUGUUUCUUUCCGUGUUUUCAUAUUCGAGAAUUAAAGUAA